CGGGACGGCCCGUAGAAUCCCAGCGUUCGGCGAUGGGGAACUCCAGCGGGUGCACGGCGGACGACAUCCAGGCGGUGGAGAUGCACCUGUGGUACAAGAAGUUCAUGACGGAGUGUCCGUCGGGCCAGCUCACGCUGCACGAGUUCAAGCAGUUCUUCGGGCUCCGCGGCCUGGACCCCGAGGCCAACGCCUACAUCGAGCAGAUGUUCCGCACCUUCGACAUGAACAAGGACGGCACCAUAGACUUCAUGGAGUACGUGGCGGCGCUCAGCCUGGUGAUGAGAGGCAAGAUCGAGCAGAAGCUGCGCUGGUACUUCAAGCUGUACGACGUCGACGGCAACGGCUGCAUCGACCGGCACGAGCUGCUCAACAUCAUCAAGGCUAUACGUGCCAUCAAUGGCACCGAGUCGCAGGAGACUUCUGCAGAGGAAUUCACUAACCGAGUAUUCGACAAGAUCGACAUCAACGGAGACGGGGAGCUAUCACUGGAGGAGUUUGUGGAAGGGGCGCGGAAUGAUGAGGAUUUCAUGGACGUGAUGAUGAAGAGCCUGGAUCUGUCUCACAUAAUGGCCAUGAUCCACAACCGCAGGCACAGCGUUUAAACUCCCUCCCCCCCACACCCCCCACACCCCCCACACCCUCCACACCCAAACCCCCGGCCUCAGCCUCUCCUCCACCCUGUGACUCUCUGUGCGUAACAGGAGCCCCCUGCUGGUCAGACUGUGUCCCUGUCCACAAGCGAACAUAUUCUGCAUAUGCAGAAUUACUUUUAAAGCGCAAAGAAUCUGAAACGAUCAACGUGUAUCUGCCAAUACAACUAAUCAAUUUUUGGAUGUACAAUAAAAAUACAACGCUGAAAU